AUUUUUAAAUAGACAAAUCACGUUAUCUAUAUUAAUUAAAUGUCGGGUUGUCUACUAAUUUUAUUUCUCAUCUAUCUAUCUAUCUAUAUAUAUAUAUAUAAAGAUCGAUCGAUCGAUCUGAUCAGAAUUCAGACCCAAACUAAAAAUGGAGCGAGAUGAGUCGCCGACGUUGUCGUCGAUUUACCAAUUAGCAGACUCCUCCGAUUUGGACCUGAGCUUCACCUCCGUCACCUCCGACCGAUCCCUCUCCGGCCGGAGCAGUUUAGCUCGGAGCAGCCUCACCCUCAGCUUCAACGACUCCCGCCUCUCCACCGCCGCAUCGACGCCCAUCCACCAGCGGCCCCACCGCCGCCACGACAAUCCGAAUUGGGCGGCGAUCAAGGCCGUGACGAUGUUGUCCUCCGACGGGGCGCUCAACAUCCGCCAUCUGAAGCUCCUCCGCCUCGUCGGCGCCGGAAACCUAGGCCGGAUCUUCCUCUGCCGCCUCCGUGACUACGAGCACGCGAAUUUCGCUCUGAAGGUGGUGGAUCGUGAUUCCCUGACGUCGAAGAAGCUGUCUCAUGUGCAGACGGAGGCGCAGAUCUUGUCGACGCUGGACCAUCCUUUUCUCCCGACGCUGUACGCGCGCUUAGAGGUGUCGCAUUACACGUGUCUUCUCAUGGAUUACUGCCCCAAUGGCGACCUCCAUUCCUUGCUUCGGAAGCAGCCGCGGUACCGGCUGCCGGUUCAGGCGGUGAGGUUCUUCGCGGCGGAGGUUUUAGUGGCGCUCGAGUAUUUGCACGCUCAGGGGAUUGUGUAUCGUGAUCUCAAGCCGGAGAAUAUUUUAAUUCGGGACGACGGCCACAUCAUGCUGUCGGAUUUCGAUUUGUGCUUCCGCUCCGACGUUUCGCCGUCGUUGGAAACUCGAGCUCGGAUUAAGGCCAGCUCCGGCGGGUACUCCGGCUGCUUUGGUGACCGGCAACUGGAGGAGCGGAUCACGGAAUUCGUGGCGGAGCCGACCACGGCGUUCUCGAGGUCGUGCGUGGGGACACACGAAUACCUCGCGCCGGAGUUGGUCGCCGGCUGCGGCCACGGCAACGGUGUGGACUGGUGGGCGUUCGGGGUGUUAAUUUACGAAUUACUGUACGGGACGACUCCGUUUAAGGGAAGCAGCAAGGAUUCGACCCUGCGCAACAUAGCGUCGACGAAAGGGGUGAGAUUUAGGAGCGCCGCCGCGGCGGCGGAGGAGGAGGCGGGGAUGGCGGAGGCGAGGGAUCUGAUCGAGCGGUUACUGGUGAAGGAUCCGCGGAGGCGGUUGGGGUGCAUAAGAGGUGCGACGGAUAUCAAACGCCACCCGUUCUUCAACGGGAUAAAGUGGCCGUUGAUUCGGACGUACCGGCCGCCGGAGGUCCGGGGGCUGGCGGUUGUGAGGCGGAGCAAAAGCAAGAGCAAGGCGCACGUGAGUCACGUGAUGUCCCCGAGGAGGCGGCGCUGCUUCUGGAAGAAGCUUCGAAACCUGAUGAGGAUUAAAGGCUACUCUAAACAGUCGUUAAAUUCCAAUUCCAAUUAUUACUCUUACUACAAUCACAGUUACAGCAGCCUUACCAAUUAAUUAAUUGCGAGGUUGAUUUUGUGCAGAUUUUUUAUUUUUUAUUUUUUUUUAUUUUUUUAUCUACCUUGUAAUUAAUUAAAAUGAGUAAAUCUGAUGUAUGGGUCGGUCGGCCAUGAGGAAGAUACAUAGAGAAAUUUUGAGAAAAUUGGUGAUACAGCUGGAGAUGGAGAGAAGAACAGUACAACACAACACUUGUAAAUCACAUCAUAUAAAAUUAAAGCGUGGAAUUCUUUUCCAUUUGUAGUAUUUA